UUCACUCUCCCAUAGAAUGUUCGACCACAAACCGUGAUUGUGGAAAUUCUAUGUUUGCCAAGCUAAACUAAAUCCUACUUUGCACCUUUGUGGCGGGAAGCACAGCCCAGUGCUUACGCACAGAGAGAAGAAAAACCCUAAUCCCCAGUUCUCAAAGACGAUACCCAAACAAAAGGCGAUAUUCUGGUUAAGAUUUUCCCGGGAGAAAGAAAGAAACUGAAAAAAAGUAAAAAAAAAAAAACAAAAAAAAUCAUCGAAGCGGUGCUCUCUGCACUAUGUACCGGCUUGCCACUAGAAACGUCGUCGUUUCGUUUCCUCGGUGGUGUUCCCUCGCUCUCUUGCGUCGUUCUCCUGCUCGUAGUUUCGGCGCAUUCAGACCUUCUCUGACGCUUCCUUACCGAAGCAGGCGAUUGGAGCAGAUUUGUUGUUUCAAAAAUCACAAAGUUUUGCGGGCAAGCUCAAAAACCACCAAAAAGUCCAAAGCAUCAAAUGAUGCACUCAAUGAUAAGGAUCUUUCUCACUUACUUUGGUGGAAGGAGAGGUUGGAAAUGUGCAGGAAGCCUUCAACUGUUCAGCUAGUAAAAAGGCUCACCUAUUCCAAUUUGCUAGGCUUGGAUGUUAAUUUGAAAAAUGGGAGUCUAAAAGAAGGAACACUGAACUGGGAGAUGUUGCAGUUCAAGUCAAGGUUUCCACGUGAAGUUUUGCUCUGCAGAGUUGGGGACUUCUAUGAAGCCAUUGGAAUAGAUGCUUGUAUUCUUGUUGAAUAUGCAGGCUUAAAUCCUUUUGGUGGCCUGCGUUCAGAGAGUAUUCCAAGAGCUGGUUGCCCUGUGAUAAAUCUUCGGCAGACUCUGGAUGAUCUGACACGAAAUGGGUAUUCAGUGUGCAUAGUGGAGGAAGUUCAGGGUCCAACACAAGCUCGUACUCGUAAAAGUCGUUUUAUAUCGGGGCAUGCACAUCCAGGUAGUCCAUAUGUAUUUGGACUUGUAGGAGUCGACCAUGAUCUUGACUUCCCAGAACCAAUGCCUGUAGUUGGAAUAUCCCGUUCUGCAAGUGGUUAUUGCAUAAAUUUAGUCCUAGAGACCAUGAAGACAUAUUCCUCUGAAGAUGGUCUGACUGAAGAGGCCAUAGUUGCCAAACUUCGUACUUGUCGAUGCCACCAUUUAUUUCUGCAUGCAUCUUUGAGAAACAAUUCUUCAGGCACUUGCCGUUGGGGAGAAUUUGGUGAGGGAGGCCUAUUGUGGGGAGAAUGUAGUGCGAGACAAUUUGAAUGGUUUGAGGGAAAUCCUGUCAAUGACCUUUUGCUUAAGGUAAAGGAGCUUUAUGGUCUCGAUGAUGAGGUUACAUUUAGGAAUGUCACCGUGUCUUCAGAAAAUAGGCCACAGCCUUUAACCUUAGGAACAGCAACACAAAUUGGUGCCAUACCAACUGAUGGAAUACCAUGUUUGUUGAAGGUGCUGCUUCCAUCUAAUUGCAGUGGUCUACCUGUACUGUAUAUUAGAGAUCUUCUUCUUAAUCCUCCUGCUUAUGAGAUUGCAUCUGCAAUUCAAGAAACUUGCAAACUUAUGAGCAACGUAACGUGCUCGAUUCCUGAGUUUACCUGUGUUUCAUCUGCAAAGCUUGUAAAGCUACUUGAACAGAGGGAGGCCAAUCAUAUUGAGUUUUGUAGAAUUAAAAAUGUACUUGAUGAAAUAUUGAACAUGUACAAAAAUUCUGAGCUCAGUGAAAUUCUGAAAUUGUUGAUGGAUCCGACAUGGGUGGCAACUGGGUUAAAAAUUGACUUUGAGACAUUGGUUUCUGAGUGUGAAGGGGCUUCAUAUAGAAUUGGUGAAAUGAUCUCUCUGGAUGGCGAAAGUGAUCAAAAAAUCAGUUCCUCUUCCGUCAUUCCCAGUGACUUUUUCGAGGAUAUGGAGUCUUCUUGGAAAGGUCGUGUGAAGAGGAGACAUAUAGAAGAGGAAUUUACCGAUGUGCAGAGGGCAGCUGAUGCCUUAUCUUUAGCAGUUACUGAAGAUUUCCUUCCUAUAAUUUUUAGAAUAAAGGCAACCACAGCCCCACUUGGAGGUCCGAAGGGAGAAAUUUUAUAUGCUCGAGAACAUGAAGCUGUUUGGUUCAAGGGCAAACGUUUUGCACCAUCAGUAUGGGCCGGGACUCCUGGUGAAGAACAAAUUAAAAGGCUUAAACCUGCUUCAGAUUCAAGAGGUCGAAAGGUUGGAGAGGAAUGGUUUACCACAAUGAACGUGGAGGAUGCUUUAACUAGGUACCAUGAGGCAGGUGCCAAGGCAAAAGUAAAGGUCUUGGAAUUAUUGAGGGGACUUUCUUCUGAAUUACAAUCUAAAAUCAAUAUCCUUGUCUUUGCUUCCAUGUUGCUUGUGAUUGCAAAGGCAUUAUUUGCUCAUGUGAGUGAAGGGAGAAGAAGGAAAUGGGUUUUCCCCAUUCUGGCAGGGUGCAAUAGGCUCAAGGAUGUGAAGCAAUUAAAUGGAGCAUAUGGGAUGAAAAUAACCGGUCUAUCUCCCUAUUGGUUUAAUGUAGCAGAAGGCAGUGCUGUACAUAAUACAGUUGAUAUGCAAUCAUUGUUUCUUUUGACAGGACCAAAUGGGGGUGGUAAAUCAAGUUUGCUUCGAUCAAUUUGUGCUGCUGCAUUACUUGGAAUAUGUGGAUUUAUGGUGCCUGCACAUUCGGCCUUGAUUCCUCAAUUUGACUCAAUCAUGCUUCACAUGAAAUCUUAUGAUAGUCCUGCCGAUGGUAAAAGUUCAUUUCAGGUAGAAAUGUCAGAAAUUCAGUCCAUUAUUGCUGGAACAACUAAAAGAAGCCUGGUGCUUAUAGAUGAAAUUUGCCGAGGAACAGAAACAGCAAAGGGGACUUGUAUUGCUGGUAGCAUCAUUGAAACUCUAGAUAAAAUUGGCUGCCUUGGUAUUGUAUCCACUCACUUGCAUGGAAUAUUUACUUUGCCACUCAUUACCAAGAACACUGUUUACAAAGCAAUGGGAACAGUAUAUGUUGAUGGGAAAACAAAACCAACUUGGAAGUUGAUAGAAGGGAUAUGUAGAGAAAGCCUUGCAUUUGAAACAGCUAAGAAGGAAGGAAUUCCUGAAACAAUCAUCCAAAGAGCGGAAGGCCUGUACCUUUCAGUUUAUGCAAAAGUUCUUUUGGAACAAAAUGGUACAAAACCAGACUUAUGUUCUAGCAUGAGUGCCAAUGGUUCUAAUGAAUUCCAUUUUCAAUCAAGUGGGACUCUUGAAGUAGCUACCUAUAAUAGUGCAGAGUUAGCAAACCCAAUGCAAGUUUUACAAAAAGAAGUUGAGAAUGCCAUCAGGGUAAUAUGUCAGGAGAAGCUUAAUGAGUUCUACAAGAAGAAAAAGGUAUCAGAUCUUGCAGAGGUACAUUGUGUCCUAAUUGGUGCUAGGGAACGGCCGCCUCCAUCAACAAUAGGUGUUUCCAGUGUCUAUGUGAUGCUUAGACCGGAUAAGAAAAUAUAUGUUGGAGAGACGGAUGAUCUUGAGGGCCGAGUCCGUGCUCAUCGUUCAAAGGAAGCGAUGCAGAAUGCAUCUUUCCUUUAUUUCAUAGUCCCAGGGAAGAGUCUGGCUUGCCAACUGGAAACUCUUCUCAUCAACCAGCUUCCUAAUCAAGGGUUCCAACUAACCAAUGUGGCCGAUGGUAAGCACAGAAAUUUUGGCACAUCGAUCUCCAUAGAAAGCAUGCCCGUAUGUUCAUAAUGUGGCAGCCCUUGAUCUCAUGUUGUGUAACCCAUAGCUAGUCAGUCAAAAGUAGCUGGCACUUGGCCAUGCCAUGUUAGUGUAUGCAAUUCAAAGACAGCAAGAGGAUGUGAAACUGAUCCGGCAGUGGCUGCAGCAAUUUUGCCUUUUUUUAUGUCUGUUGCUCCACUUGCAGUUCAAUGCCCUCAAUUGUAGUAAAGGGCUGAGAUUUUCUGUUAUUUGGCAUUUAAUCUUACUGCAUGUAAUGCCACAUGUAUAUAAAUUCUCCAUUUCCUUGUUCUA